CUUCUUCACUCUCCUCUCCUUUAGUCACGCCGGUGUCACUACCCCAAUUCACUCUCUUUCCCUUCUUCUUACUAAAACAGAACAUUAAAGUAACAACUCUCUUUCUUCACUCCUCCAUUGAUCCAUUCUCCUUUAAUUCUGUGGUUCUCUCCAUCUCUCUGUGUUCUGCAAAGAAGAGAUGUCUGAAUUCUGUUUCUCAAUCUCUAAAAAGACUCAUUUUUCUAGUCUUCUCUUCACUGAUUUCAUCAUCUUCUGCUCCUUCAUACUCUCUCAUCCUCUAUACUUCUCUUACUUUCUUUUCUUCUCUCCUUACCUCCUUAAACUCCUCUCAUUUCUUUCUCCUCUCUUUAUCACUACCUUUCUCCUACUCCUUACUCUCUCAACUGUCUUCCCCUGCAUCUUGGAUGACAAAAUCUCUCUAGAAACCUCAGAAUAUAAGGUGGGCUUCUUCCUUGAUGCAUACCGAAAAGUUGUAGACAAAUUACGGUCUAGAUUCGACGAUGAUGGCAUCGAAUUCAGGAUCUUUGAGGAGCUAGAAGCAUGUGUGGUGGUGUUCAACACAAUUGGCUUCAAUGUAGGAGAAAGAGAAGGAGAAGAAGACCCAUUUGAGGUUGUAGAAGCUAAUUUUGAUGGGAAAGGCUUACAAGCACUAGACAUUGGUUUAGGUGAAAUUGAAGCAGUAACUUUUAACAAGGUAGAAGAAAACCCAGUUGAGGUUGCUCAGAGGAAAUGUGGAGGAGAUAGUCUAGAAUGCUUCUUACAGGAUACAGAUCCAUCUGAAGAAGAAAAGCAGGUUGAAAUUGAAGCAGUAACUAAAAAGGUAGAAGAAAACCCAGUUGAGGUUACUAAGAGGAAAUGUGGAGGAGACACUCUAGAAUGCUUCUUACAGGAUACAGAUCCAGCUGAAGGAAAAAAGCAGGUUGGACAGAAAGGUACUGUGUCAGACAAGGUUGGAGAAAACCAAGAAGAGUCACUAGUCGUGGAUGGAGGAUCCAAGCCACCUGUUAACAAGGUAAAUGAGAACCCAUUCAAUUUGAGUCUGGAAUAUAGUGAAGAGUACUACUCAAAAGUGUCUGCCACUAAUGUCAAUCCAGAGUUACUGGGUUCAAGUCUUGGGAGCUUUGGGUCAAUGAGGAAAGAGAAGGAGUGGAAAAGGACAUUGGCAUGCAAGCUUUAUGAGGAAAGAAGGAAUGUUGAUGAAGAAGAAGAAGAAGGGAUGGAUUUACUCUGGGAGACUUAUGAAGCUGAUUCAGGGAAGGUGAAGUUGGAAAACAAGGAGAAGAAAGUGAAAAGCAAGGAUAAGAAGAAGCAAACAAAAAAGAAACCUGAAGUUGAGUACUAUGAUGAUGAGGAAGAAGAUGAUAUGGAUGAGCAAUUCUGCUGCUUACAGGCUUUGAAGUUCUCAACAGGGAAGAUGAAUUUGGGGAUGGGAAGGCCCAACCUUGCCAAGUUUUCCAAGGCCUUGAAGGGAAUUGGAUGGUUUCACCAGAUCAGUCGCCAUGGUAAGAAGGGGUACAAUUAGUUUAGAUUUUCCUUUUUUUUUUCCUUAAUUAAAUCCUGUUCCACUUGGUUGAUGUUAAAGUUGAAAAAUUAACAAAGUAAAUAUGUUAUUUUCAUACUUAAAUUAUUCUAACUCGUGCCAAUUGCCA